UGUUGAGGACUGCAGGUGAAGACCAACUCUCAUUGGGGUGGGGGAUGCUUCAGUGCAGGGGGGCAACCCACGUGGUCUGCCUAUUUUUCUCCCUCUUAUGUCCAAAGCACUGGCAGCAGCAGAGAGAUGCAUUUCCCUCCUAAACAAGACCCACUGUAUUCUACGGUAAUCUCAGUUCUUCUGGGAAUCCAAUUUACCUGUAAAGCAAGCCACACACUCACUUCGUGCCUGUUUUAAAAGAGAAAUGCAGCUUCUUAGCUGCCUCGCCUCCACAAUUCAGCAGUAAUUCAGUAGGGUACUAGUGGCAGUUGUGGCGGUGAAGGGAUGGUCCCUUGGCCUUACAAAGUUGCCCGUGCCUCCUUCACCUUCAGGCCAAGCUUGUGAAUUGUGGUAGGAAGCACCACCAUCUUGAGCCAGUGGCUGUGUGGAAGGUGGACAGGGGAGCGCAACGUGCAGCGUUCUCGCCCGUAACGCCACCGUGACUUUCAGUUUCUCGUGGGAACCAGGGCACCCUCCCACCGUUUCUCCUCAAGUGGAGCAUUCUGGGUACUGCCACGGCAUGGCCGAUAACAAGGCUACCAGGCUCCAUGUCUUUGUCCGCAUCUUGAAAAGAAGCUCCUGCUAGGCCAGCUGCUCCAGCUUGUAUUUUGCCAGGACUGUGUGACGGACUGAUUGGCAGUGUGUGCACACAGCCAAGCAGGAUGAGAAGCUCGGGUGGAUUUAUGACCAUGAGGCAGUCCUGAGUGGAAGACGGGGCUCCUGCCUGGGGGUCCCAUGCAGCCGGCAGUGUGCCUGACCUGGAGUGUUGCGCUAGGACAUGACGGUCCCCUGAGCCAUUGGCCACUGCUGCGUGCGUGCGGCAUGCUGUGCCCCCUUUUAGCAGGCCUGCGCUCCGUGGGAGGCGGCAUGCAGGAGGCUGCUUCGCGCACCUGAGGACUGCCAGUCCUGAGUGGCGAUUGCUCCUGUGACUGGGCCACUGCAGAGUGAAUGCCACGCAUGCAAAGCCUUCACGGUUGUCUGGAAAGGCAACUUCUCGAGUUCAUGUAGUCAAAGGUACAAUGAUCCAGUGAUACACAUACCUAGAAUCAUGCAAUCAUAGGACAGCAGAGUCGGAAGGGUCCAGAGAGCCACUGGGUCCAACCCGCAGCUCAGUGCUGGACCCCAGGUCAAACCAUCCUUCUCAGUUGCAUCUUGAAUGCCUCCAGUGUGGGGGAAUCCGCAAGCUCCCUCGGUAAUUGGUUUCUUUGUCUAAUAGUCAGGAAAUUUCUCCUGAUAUCUAGCCAGAAUGUGGCUUCCUGUCACUCGAGCCCCUUAUUCUGUGUCCUGCUCUCUGGAAUGAUCAAGAAGAGAUCCUGUCCUUUUAUCUGUUUAAAAAACAAUGGUCCAUGACUCUUUGAGUCCAGGGGACUUAGGCUUCUUGGGUUCAGGACUGAGCUGAGUGGGAAAGAAACCUCACAAUCAGUGUAAAUUUCAAAGAGUCUAGGAAAACAUUUCCUGUGUUUCAAGGCUAGCUGUUGUUACAUGCUGUGAAGCCGCCCUCCACUUACGCUGACCCCGCGAACGAAUGCUGUCCCAGACAUCCUGUCUUCGACCGCCGUGCUCUGUUCUUGUAAACUCCCAGCCGUGCCUCCCUUGAUGGAAUCGACCCCUCGCAUCUCUGGUAUUCCCCUUCUUCCUCGGCCUUCGACUUUCCCUGGCAGGAUUGUCUUCUCCAGGGAGUCUCGCCCUUGUGAAGGCAGUUGAUUUUUUUGACACCUCAGAACUGCUUGACACACGCGAGGCUCCUGAGAGCACUUCUGCACACUGCUGCUCUGAUCCCUUUGCAAGAAGAGGGCAGCUGGACUGGAGAGGGCAGCCCAGAGCGCUGCUGUGAGUCCCAGCUUUCAAAUGAGUUUUCAGAAUGAGCCUGAAGUGCCAUUGUUCAAAUGUGAAAAGAUGCCUAAAGAUUUACAAAUAAAUCCUUGUUCUACGCCUGAGAAAUGUUGCUGCUUUAUUCCUUUUCCUAAAUGUUUUUCUGUAGGUGCAAAAUGCUAGUGAUUUGUUGAUCAAGCCACUGGAAAAUUUCCGUAAGGAACAAAUUGGAUUCACCAAGGUAAGCUUUUUGUCUCCUCCUUGAUUUGUGCUUGAAGAGUUAGUUCCCUGUUACAUGUUGAUGGCAUGGCUGACAAACUGGUAACAUUUAUUUUGGGCACUUAUGCUCCAUACCUUUGCUGAUAUUGUGGUUGUCAUCAUCAUUAGCAUUUCUCAGAAAAGACUCAAGGAGCUGUAGCUUCCCAUGUCCUUCAAACUGGGAAUUGUAGUCAUAUUUAAAUAUGGCUUGUUUCAACAUGCCAACAUCAGAAAUCACAGUUAAAAUUAACCAUAGUUAAAGUAAUCCACAGUUUCUUGUGCUAGAUGACACAAUGUACUGUGCCUAAGGAAAAGAAACACUUCCAAGCUCCUUCUCCCAUUUCUGCAAGGAGAGAAGAGGGAGACGGGGAUUGCAUGGGCCAGAGACUGUCAGUGGCCAUCUCGGCUUGUGCUUGUUGGCCUAAAUCAUGGUCUGGCAUGCCAAGCAAACAAGAUGAAAAUUACAACUUUCAAACUGAUUCAAAAGAAAAGACAACCAGGGCCAGGUUUCUUUGUAAACACUAUAUGCUGAAGAACAGUCCCUUUCUAUGGAUGGAAAAAAUUAUUUCUCCCUUACUCAGUGUCAAAAGCAUCAAGGUUCCGCAUUAGUCAGCAGGCAUUUCUCAAGGUUCUGGCACCAGCCCAGCUCCGAAAUGGAGACCUCUUGGAGAAUGUCCAGCUUUGGAUCUGGCCCAGCCCAUCUGGAGCACUUGACAUUUAAGCAACACUACGCUGCAGACAAUAAAGCUGAGCAUUCGGCCUCCCUCCCCAUUCCACACCCGAUGUGCCUUUUUAAAACAAAUGCCGCAGUGCAAAAAAGGAGGAGACUGCUGGCCGAGGGCUCCGGAGAGGGUUUGAGGGUGCUCUCCACCUCCUCCAAAGGCAGCCUCCACCAGCACACAAGCGGGGCCCUCUGGGGAGCAGCAGAUGUGCCUGUCAUGGUGGGUUGUUCUCCAGUGGGGCAGCUCUUGCCUCUCCCCCAGUGAUCUUGCUGAUUUGCAGCUGAUUUCACCCCACGGCUGGUGCAGUGUACCCUUCCCGGAAUGAACUCUGGCCUGCCUGCAUGAGGCCUCUCUCCUCGCCAGGAACUGGCUUUUAUAGCGGCUGAGCCCUUCCUUGCAGUAGCAAUAAAGGAGCUCAGAGCAGACAUGAGGCACUCUCUGGUUUAAUUAGCAGCAGGGACGGGGCUUCUGCAGUCCACAGCCAGAUGCUGCCCUGGCCUUCCCUGUCUGGCCACGCGCCUUUUUUGCUGUUACCUCCAAUCAGUGAUCAGAGAUAAGAAGGAAUUUAGAGGCCACUAACCUUUAAAGAAAGUCUGGAUCAAAUUCACCUUGAUGGGGUUCAGGCUGUUCUGUACCCCCAGCCAGAUCAUUCCUGCAUGCACUGAUCCCAUGACCUACUUAAUUCUGUGUUAGAAUCAAUUGAAUAUAGUGAUGCUUGUAUUCGUAAUUGUGCUGACUUUAUUUCUGUUUGGAGUUCAUUGCUUCUGGUGCCUCAAACGUGCAGGCUUAGUUUUAAUUUGUUCUGUGCUUAAGCGGCUCACCUUCAGUACAUUUUAGCACUGUUGUCUCAUUUCCUUUAUAUCCCACCUUUCUCCCUCUUGCGAGGAACCAGGGGCAUUCCAUUUUAGGUCUCCUGUCUAGUUUAUGUAGAAUAAGUUUGUGAAUAUGAUACACCUAUGAGAUACGGAUUUCUUCCCCUCCUUGAUGGGGUUUCCAGAGUUUUUAAUUAAUUAUGGGUUAAUUAAAAGGGUUUAAAACCCUUAAAAGGGUUCCUUCACCAUAUCAGCCUGCCUGCGGCCACAUUCGCUCUUCUGGCCCUCACACCAACUCCUGCAGGGGAGCUGUUUUCUUGGGAGGUGCAGUGCUCAGUUCCAUCAUUUUUCAGAAGGAGAUAAUCAGGAAAUGCCAGGAGAAUUUUUAAAAAAAUCUCUAGCUGCUGCUGCUGCUCCGCUUCCAGGCCAGGCUGCCCCUGUUCUCACCUCUUAGAUCGGUUUGGACUGAGGGUGCUAGAUCAGUGCCCAGGGUGGCUUGGCACCCUUCCAGGGCCUGCCGUUCAGGGGCGGAGAGCAGGCAUGGGCAGCUGGCGCCCUUCUGGUGGCCUGCCUGCAGCGCCUUCCCGAUGUGUGGUCCUGCGGAUGUCCAGGGAGCACAGCUCCCGCCCUCCCGGCCGGGGCUGACUGGGGUCAAACAAGCAGGGAGGAGGGUGUCAAGGGCCCGGCCAGGGGCGCACGGAAGAGGUGGGCCUGGGGAAGGGAGCAGAAGGAGGGCGCAGAGGGAGGGCUUUCCCAGCGUGGAAGUGCUCCACAUCGGAUGGGCCAGCACUAGUUUUAUCCCCAUUCAGAAACAGCCCAGAUUUGUUUUUAUCCCUUUCAGACAGAUGCUGCCUAAACAAGACAUGGAUUCCUUUGGCAGCGGUUAAUUCUGGCUCGGUUCAUUGCCCAGAGACCUGCACACUCAGUCCUUGGCCGCCCGAGUCCUUUUCCUCUUCCCAGAGAGCUGGAACGGAAGAAGAAGUUUGAGAAGGACGGGGAGAGGUUUUACUCCAUGCUGGAUCGCCAUUUGAAUUUAUCUUCAAAGAAAAAGGAAUCUCAGUUGCAAGAGGCUGAUUUGCAGGUUGAUAAAGAGCGGCACAUUUUCUUCGAAUCGUCCCUGGAAUAUGUGUAUCAGAUCCAGGAAGUGCAGGAGAGCAAGAAAUUCAGCAUUGUGGAACCUGUGCUGGCUUUCCUUCACAGCCUCUUCACCUACAACAACCUGACCGUGGAGCUGACCCAGGACUUCCUUCCAUACAAACAGCAGCUGCAGCUCAGCUUGCAAAAUACAAGGAACCACUUCACCAGUACACGUGAAGAGCUGGAAGACCUCAAGAAAAGGAUGAAGGAAGCUCCACUGACCUGCAAGCUGCCCGGGAAGCCAACCAUUGAGGGGUAUCUUUAUUCCCAAGAGAAAUGGGCACUGGGCAUCUCGUGGGUCAAGUACUACUGCCAAUAUGAGAAGGAGGCCAAGAUGCUAUGGAUGACUCCUGUGGAGCAGAAGCCUGGGGCCAAGCAGGGCACCGUGCAUUUCAUGUUGAAGUCCUGUGUGAGGAGGAAGACCGACUCCAUUGACAAAAGAUUUUGUUUUGACAUUGAGACCAUUGAAAGACCUGGGUCCCUCACCUUGCAGGCUCCAUCAGAAGCGAACCGGCGGCUCUGGAUGGAGGCAAUGGAUGGGAAGGAGCCGAUCUACCACAGUCCCAUCACAAAGCAGGAAGAAAUGGAGCUGAAUGAGCUUGGCUUCAGAUUUGUCAGGAAAUGUAUCAACGCUGUAGAAACGAAAGGAAUUGCAACUGAAGGCGUGUAUCGAACGGUUGGCAGCAACAUCCAGGUUCAGAAGCUGUUGAAUGCUUUCUUUGACCCCAAGUGCCCAGGAGAUGUGGAUUUCCAAAAUAGUGACUGCGACAUCAAGACAAUUACUAGCUCACUGAAGUUCUACCUCAGGAACCUCUCUGAACCUGUUAUGACAUAUAAACUUCACAAGGAGUUGGUCUCGGCUGCCAAAUCUGAGAAUUUGGACUACAGGCUGGGUGCCAUUCAUUCUCUCAUCUAUAAACUCCCUGACAAGAACCGAGAAAUGUUGGAAAUCCUCAUCAGGCACCUUGUGCACGUGUGCGAACACAGCCGGGAGAACCUGAUGUCUCCGUCGAACAUGGGGGUGAUAUUUGGCCCCACCCUCAUGCGAGCCCAGGAGGACACCGUGGCGGCCAUGAUGAACAUCAAGUUCCAGAACAUCGUGGUGGAGAUCCUCAUCGAGCACUUCGACAAGAUAUACUCUGGAGCCCCCGAAGACAGUGCUGCGCCACCAGUGCCUCCCCCGCGCGUGGUCACCCGACGGCACAAGCCCAUCACCAUCUCCAAGCGCCCCCUGAGGGAGCGGCCGGUCUUCUUCGGUGGCUCCGUGGAAGGAACUGGAGUGGAGGACGGCUACAGCCCCACCCCCAACGGCACGGUCACCUCCGAAGCACCCAAGCCCGUCCUGCGCAGCAGGCUGCCCUUGCAGAAGGCAGGGGACCUCGACCCUGCAAAGGCCAGCUCAGAAAGCAAGCCGGAGCAGUGUUCCGAUGUGGAUGUGGGGCGCUUGGUGUCCAGACUCCAGGAUGGCAGUGCGAGGUUCACCAGCAAAGCUGCAAAUGGAGUCACGCCUGUCUCCAGCUCCCUCAAGGCCUCCACUUUGCAUGCAAAGAGACUCGCGCCGAGGCCGGGAAUCUGUUGCAAGGAAGGGGAGUAUGAUGGUGUCAUUAAAGCGCGAUCACCUGGGGAGAAGCCGGUGAUCAUGCGUCCUCCCGUGAGACCGCCGGACCCUCCGUGCAAAGCCCCUGCACUGCAGAAGCCCGAGGCGAAGCCGGAGCUGAUCCUGGGGGCAGGGACAGGAGAGGCGGUUCCCUCUGUAGUGGCCUCCAGAACAAAGUUUUUUGAGGGGGCUUCCUUCAGGAGAGGAAGCUCUUCGUCCCCCCAAGGCAGACUCCCGAGCGAUGAGGGCUGAUGGGCUUAAGCCAAGCUUCUGCCAUUGCCUGCAUCCAAAGAGCACUACUUGUUUUCCCGUGGAUUGCUUGGCAGAGGCUGACUGCAGGGCACAGCUGGCCAGGAAGGACCCUUGAUGGGACGUGGAAGUGGAGUAGAGCCAUUCAUUCCAGCCGAGUUGAUUCACAUUCCUUUUCUUGGCAAAGAGGUGUUGCCUGGCAAUUUCUGAGGUGUGCACUGACUCAGCUUCUGCCCGUUCUACUCCCUUGAGGAAAUUCCCCUUUGGAGGAUCCGUGCUGUCGAUAUACUGGCUGUGUUAAAACAAUUGCUUGAAGCUGUUUUUCCCCACCCUUUUGGAAAAGUGCGGAGGGACAGGGGUCAUGAGUACCGUGUUCAGUCUCCAGCAAGGCUGUUCUUGAGGCACUGCUGAAAACGCUCCUUCCCAAGCCAAUGGAUUGUUCUCCAGGCCUACCAUCCGUCCGCCCUGCCUGCUCCACCUUCGGCACGGCUGAGACGGGGGCAUGUCGGUUUCUUUCCAAUUCUUCAUGAGAAUGUGACGGUCUUUGCAACUGGGAUCCACCCUCAUGCCAAGAAUGACACUAGUCCCUGAAGAUGCCCAGCCUUCUGGUGACAUGUUCUCCUACUAUCCAGAGCAGCGGCCAGCAAUGGAGGCAGGAGAUGUUCCAAACUGUGACUGCUGUCCACCCUUAUGGAGGCUGCUUUCUGCUCGAAAAGCAACUUCGGACUUGCUUGGAAGGAGGCGAGACUGUCAUGGAGUGCCACGUUCAUUCCGACGCUAAUCGUAGUGCAGAGAGAGUCUGUGUGGAUGCCAAUACCCUUUCACCAGAGCUGUGCAUGCAGCUCAGCCUCUGGGGUACCUCCUCUCCUCUCCUCUCCUCUCCUCUCCUCUCCUCUCCAGAAGGUGUGGCAGUGGGGACUUUGUGUCUCAUCACAGACGCUUAUUUUCCUAGGUCCACUUUGGGUCCCCGCAUGGUCUCAGGCAGCAUCUUCUCCCAGAGCACUCCAACAAUCACUGUCCCAUCUCCCAUCAAGGUGUUGUUUUUCAGGCUGCAACACCCUUGCAUUCCGUUCAUUAGAGGAACCGGGCGGAUCCUGCAGCCCAUCCCACUCUGGGGGACCAAUGCCCAAAGCGUCAAGGCGGCACACUCCAGCAGGACUUGGCAGCCGAGCAUGUCGCCUCCCUUUGUGUGCAGCCCUGCUUCACUCCCAGGCAGAAUGCUGACUUUUGUGGCACAUUAUGCAGGAGAACAUCAUGAACAUCCAUUCUGUGCUUCUUUCUGUGUGCACAUGCUUAGCAGUGGCAGAGAAAAUAAAAUGUGCAACGUUCGGCUGUGUUGAUCUCCAUCUGUGCUCAGCCUGGCUACUCACUCGAACCCUCUAAAAUUGGCAUUGAAAUAAAAGACUGUCGUUGAGUCCACGUCGUCUGGCUUUUAGCUCUGGGCACAAGUCGGACAACGCAGUGGGAGGCAGAAGUGGUGGAAUCAGAAAUGGGCACCCUCCGGGUUUAAAGGGGCACCCAUCAAACCUGAAGCCUUGGAUCAGCCUCCAAGUUGGGGAAGGCUGCCUUAGAUCAAAGCUCUCAUUUUGUCUGGUCGGGUUGGAUUCUUGGGCUUUCGGUGGCAAAACGCAGAAGUGCAAAACGCGGGCCGAUUCGUCCUGUUCAUUCCUUGUUCCAAGUACACAGGUAGUGGAUUGUGCAGCUGCUGCCAGUCAGUGCAUGGGAAACGAUGAGGGGGAAGUGUUAGAAAUCUGAUCCGCCCUGUGUAGUGGCACAAGAGCAUUGUUCAUUGCAGCUUUUCAAGUCCACUUCGUGUGGCCGUUUCUCCAUAGAGACGUGGUCACACAGGUCGACUGGGUAUACUUUUCUCAGGCCUGCUUUUCAUCAUAAGCUAAAGAUGUCCAGCAAUUCAACUCUCUAUUUUGUGAAUUUCAAGGCACUUAAGAUAUCUUCCAUCUGAUGUAUUUUUGUUUGGUAAAGGAUUAGAUUAGUUGUAAUAAUGUUUAUAAUGUUUCCAUGGAUUAAAAGAAGAUCUACUUCAUA